AUGUCAACUUCAACGCGAGCAGAAGUCCUUUCACUCUAUCGUUCUUUUCUUCGUGUGAUCGAACGUUGGCCAACCGAUUAUUUACGACCGAACAGAAAUCUGAGACAAGUGCUCCAUUUGCGUGUUGUUGAGGGUUUUCGACAAAAUUUGAUCAUUAAAGACGCGGACGUUUUUAGCUCUUUGAUUUCAGAAGCUAACGUUGAACUUGAUGCAUUAAGAAGGCUGGCUGAUAAUGAAUAUAAAGAAAAGUAUCCACUCUCUGACCGAAUAUAUCGGCCCGCAGCUAAUCCAAAAUAUUAUUCCGGAUUGGUUGCUGCCAUAGAUAAGGCAGCUAAGCAAAAGCAAGAAGAAGAAUCGAGACCUUCGUUCUGGAAAAGGUUGUGGGGAGAAAAUCGUUAA